AUGGACGAACUACCAUCAUCUCCGUCGACAGACAUGUCGAAUCCGGAGACCGCGCUUGCAUACUACAAAUCGCAAUAUGAACAGCUAGAACACGAGUUGGCAGAGUUUCAGGCUUCCAGUCAGGAGUUGGAGGCGGAGCUGGAGAAAGAUGUAGAGGCCGCGGAGAAGAGGGAACGCGUACUACAAGAGAAGGCAGAGGGCUUGGGGUUUGAGGUCGAUGAGUGGAAGACCAAAUAUAAACAAUCGAAAAUUGAAGCGGGAGCUGCACAAAAUACUCUGCAGAAGGAGAUCACCACACUUCGAGACCAAAAUAGGACUUUGCAACAUCGUUUGCGCGAUAUCGAAGUAGCAAAUGAUGAUUUCGAACGACAAGCCAGGAAUACAUCCUCUUCGCUCGAAGAUUUAGAGUCAAAAUUUAAUGUCUCUAUUGAGCGAGCUGUCAUGAUGGAGGAGGAGAUCAAGGUGGGCGAGCAAGAACGUGAGAAUCUACGAAUCGAAACACAACGCCUACGUGACGAGCUUGGAGAUCUCAAGAUCGAAGCCGAGAUCAUGCAAGACAAGCUUCGGAAACGCCAAUUUGCUUCACUCGCCACAGAUAUCACCACGCCGAACUCUCCACCUUAUGAUCAAGGAUCUCCAAGUUCUACAGCCUCAUCACCAAUGGUCACUACUCCUCUGGAUACAAAAUCAGUCUCAACUGCAGAUACUGUAUCCGAAGCGCCUACCCCACCAUCUCCUCCGAUGUCAGAAUCCUCCACUACUACGAAACCAAUCCUAAAGACCCCAAUGAAUCGACCAAAGAGCAAAUUGAAGCUUCCUUCAGGGGAUUCUAGCACAACGCCAAAGCCUGCAACAUCACGACUUCAGUCAGGGAACUUCCGCACCUCACAGGGACUCACAGCCCCAACGACCGCAACCCGCACUAGAAAUGCUACACCCUCUGUCAUUAGGAAUGCCAGAUCGAAAGCACCGGCAACCCGCGGCAUGCCAAAUUCACAAUCCCUUACACACAUCCGAACACUCACAGCACAAAUGCAAAAGCUGGAACAGCGUGUCCAAUCUGCUCGAUCCAAACUCCCAGCGCCCGUGAACACUCCUCCACGAGCGUCUCCCCGAAAUGGCUCAGCAAUGGGCCACAACCACAUGCCAGCCAGCGUCACAAUAAGGAGCAGGAAACGUACAAUCGGCAGCACAGCUAGCGCAUCCUCAGUAGCAACAGACGACACACCGGCUCAAAAACACGUCGCCCGACUCUCUACCUCAGGCAUAAGCCGGCUCUCUUUUGGACCCCUUCCUAACCGCGAAAACAGCGAAAGUCGACCCAGUAGCCGCGCCAGCCAAAGCAGUUCGUUCGUACGUCCCGACCGGCCACUCUCCCGCUCAGAGAUAUCGCGGCCUGCUUCCCGAACCUCGAUGAGCGGCUCCCGCACCCCGCUCGGCCAUUACUCGCAGUCGCAAAUUUCCGAGUCUCGGCGCCCGCGCUCUAGUAUAGGCGGGAGCUAUACUGCUUCCCAUGGUAACGGUCACGGGCAUUCGCAAAGCGUCUCAAAUAUCGAUCUUGACGAGAACAGGGAGCUGGAAUUCGCGUCGCCGGCCAAGGCGCCUUCAGCGCUGCCUCGGAGGAAGAGUGGGGGCGUGGCUACAAUUACAAGACGUACGAGUAGUGGGACCCUUCCUGAGGGGGGGAUGAAACCCCCGGGGAGACCUAGGAAGUUGAGUGGGGUGGGUGAGACUUAUUAG